AUGGCCAUGUCGCUCGCUCGCCCCAUGAUCCGCUCGCCGGCUCUGCGGAUGGCAUCUCGCCGCUUCGAGAGCACCGCUGCCAGCAAGGCCAGCGAAGCCGCCAAGGACACCGCCUCCAAGGCCCAGCAGGGCCUAUCACGCGUCACCAGCGCCGCCGGUCCCGCCAUUGCCGGCGCUGCCAGAGGCGUUGGCAAUGCUCUGGGCAGGAUUGGCGGCCGUACCGGACGUCUGAUUGCCUUUGUUGAGCGCCAAACCCCCUUCGUUGUCUACUACUCCAAGGUCGGCGCUGAGGUUGCCAAGCUGGUCUUCCAGGGCCAGAAGAUGAGCCCUCCCUCCGUGGCCACUUUCCAAAACACCUACCAGACCCUCUGGCGAUCCUUCCAGCGAGGCACCCUCUUCCAGACACCCCAGAACAUCCUCCAGCAGGCCCGCAACCUCAGCAACGCCCAGCUCGCCACCGCCGGUGUCGUUGCCGCCGAGUGCGUCGGUUUCUUCACCGUCGGUGAGAUGAUUGGCCGCUUCAAGAUUGUCGGAUACCACGGCGAGACCGCCUCGCACCAUUAA